AACAGGAAAGCAGCAGCUCUCAGGAAAGAGUUAAUCCCAGCGAGGCUUUGGGAUCCUUUGCUGGGGAGAGGGCUGAUCUUUUGUUUGUUUUGAAGCUGCUGGCAGGAAAGUGGGGAGGAGAAAAUUACCUAAGUGAUAGUGAGGUUGCCAUGAACUAUAUAAAACUGGGAAAUCAAAGCGGAGCAAACUCCACCUCGCAGUCUUGAACCACAAGCACAACCCCUGAAGAGAAACCCACCCCACAAAACUGAGUGAUCUCAAAGGCUUGAACUCCAACCAAGCUGCAUGAGCUCAGAGCUGCUGCAGGACUGAGAACCCCGGAGCUGUCAGGGCCAGCUCCAGUUGUGGUGGGAGCUGGGAAUGCUGUUCUUGGGAAGUUUCAGGGUGAUGAAGCGGAGGCAGCUCUUCUGGAUCGCCCUCUGCGUGCUGGAGUUGGCUGGCAACGCUGCUGGGAACCCAACAGGGACACCUGCACCCACAGUCACGGACAUGGCAGAGGAAGGCAACACCAGUGGGGCAACCACCGGAACCAUCGGAGCCACUGGGGCCACUGGAACCGCCAGCAGUGCCAAGCCCACACCAGACACAGCUGCUGCAGCCGGGUCCCUGACAGGCAUUCCCAGCUCCACAGGAUCCAGUGGGGAGCAGAUGAGCCCCCAGACCAGCCAAGCCCCCACAGUAGAACUGGGCACCUCCUUGGAGACACAGAACAUGAGCCAAAGUGUCCCCACGACCAAGAGCCCAGAGGCACAGCCCAGUGAGGCAGCAGAGGCCUCGGGGUCCACGGUGGAUAUGAAGAGCUCUCCUGCCACCACGGAGCACCCUCCUGUCUCAGCUGCCACCCUGCCACCACACACAGCCAGGGACAGCCCAAAGCCCUCCCCUCUUCCCAUCACAUGCCACAAUGUCAAGGAAGUGAGUGACACUGGAGCCAUCUGCCUGCAGCUCAACGAGUCCACCACGUGUAAACACUUUUUAGAGAGGAAGGGGUCGGAUCUAUGGAGAGCAGUGUGUCAAGAGAACGCCCACCCCGUUCCCUCCCCCUGCCAGGUCAAACUCGCCAAGUCUGAGGUGGACCACCACUGUCUGCUCCUCAUCCUCAGCGGAGAGAAAGAUCCCGCUCCACAUAUGCUCAAGGAGUCUCACUGGGAAAAGUUUGGAAUAAAAUCCCUGAAGUGGGACAGCGUGAGGAACCACCAGGACUUUUCUCAGAAGACCCUGAUCGCCUUGGUCACAUCUGGACUCCUGCUGGCGUUCCUGGGCUUGGCUGGAUACUUCCUGAUGAGGCGGCGGAGCUGGAGCCCCGCGGGAGAGAGGCUGGCUGAAGACCCGUAUUACACGGAGAACGGUAGCCAGGGCAACACGAUGCUGAUGACGCCCUCCCAGGAGCAGCCGGAGCCGCAGGAGAAGCCGAACCUCAACGGUGGCACCCAGGAGAACGGGACUGGCCAGGCGUCCUCCAAAAACGGGCACUCGGCCCGGCAGCACAGCCCUGCUGACACCGAGAUGUGACCCGGGCCCAGGCGGCCCUGAGUGAACUGCGAGGGCAGCAGAGAGGCGAGGGAGGGCAGGAGUCUGCCGUGGACAGUGGGGGAAUUGCAGACCUUUUGUUAUUGUUGUUAUUUGUUUCUGUGAAGAACUUCAAAAAUCAGCCUAGAGCACACUGAGAGCCAGAGCUGCCAAAGACCUGCUUCUCUGCCUCCUCCUCCCACUGACCACACAAGAGACUUUUUUUUUUUUUUGCAGCUGUUCUCUGCUUUUGUUGUUAGAAGGACAUCAUGAGAAGUACAAGUGCCCUUAGCCCUCCACAGCUUUUUAGGCAGAGGCAGGCUGUGUCCAAACAGCCCAGAUUUCUGGUAGCAAUGUGUUAGGCUGAUGAAAGUAGUUAAAUUGGGAUUUCAGUGACAAAAACCUCUCAGGUUUCAGAUAGUUUGGGUUAACAGAGUUGUUUAUAAUCUCAUCUUUAUGUUAAAGUGCAGGAUUUCUUCCUUUUUUAAGACCAUCAGGCAUUUAACCCCCUUCUUGUGUUCUAGGUCUCCUCUACUAUUUCCUGCUCCAGCAGAGCUCUGUGUAAAAUUUGCCAUGUGGAAUUGAAGGCUGAAAUGUCAACAGACUUCAAACUUGUUUCUUUUUGACUCCUACCAGUACACAGGUAGUUGUUUUAGAGCGAAAAUCUCCCCCAGUCUCUUUGUGUCAGGGACUGGGGACGUGUGACGAGGCAGAGCCAGCAUUUUAUCCCUCGAGUGAGAUGGAGAUCACUGGAUAGGGCUGCAGGGCUCUGGGGGUGCCAGGAGUCCACCACUCUCCCUGCUGACACGUGGGGAUUAGUGCCCAGCGUAGGAAUUUGGGAAUAAGAGAAGCCAAAGGACUCCCAGUGGGAUGAGUGUGAGACAGAAACCUGGCUCUGUGUUUCUCCCUCUGCACCAGCAGCAGGUACAUAAACAAUGAGCAGUAUUUUCACUUGGGGAAGUCCCCAAACCCCAGCAGCAGGAGCAGGUCCCUCCUGCUCCCAAGGCAGGAGGUGCUGGAGCCACAUUGCUGAGGUUGAGCCCCCAGCAGCUCAGUGGGUGCCAGGGACCAAGAGCAGGUUUGUUCCUCAUCCCAAGCAUAUGUAGCUCAUUUUUAGGGAGCCAAAGCUCAUUUUUAGGUUGUGCCAGCUGGUGUACCAUGAGGGGUGGUGGGUCAGAUGUUGCUCAGCCCACAAUCUCUGCUGGCACCAGCAGCAACAUCCACAUCCCAAAAGCAGCCCUUGAAGCUGAUCUACCCUCUCACUAGUGAAUUCUUCCCAACCUUUUCCCAGUGCUGAAGACCUGAGGGGAAGGCUUUUUUUCUUGGUACAGCAACUUAAAGCAACGACAGCAACGUGCCCAUCAUCACCUGGGGCUCUUUUCAUGGGUGCAAGAGUCGUUUAAACACAAUUAAAAUACUUCAGGGUGUUUGUUUUGGUGUGAA